AUGACUGCUGGUAUAGCUAGGCGGUUGAGUCGGGACAAGCCGCACCGGGAGAUGAUGCUGCGGAACCUUGUGACGUCGUUGCUGGAGCACGGGAGUGUGGUCAGUACGCAUGAGAAGUGCAUGGAGGCGUCGCGGCUGGCGGACCGGGUGAUCCACUGGUCGAAGAGCGCUGGCCACAGCUCUAAGUACGUGUCGCUGAUCCAGUCGAAGCUGUUUCUGAGCGGGAACAACUCGGGCCUGUUGCGGAAGCUGUGCGGCGAGAUUGCGCCGCGGUACGUGGAGAGGCCAGGCGGGUACACCCGUGUGAUGAAGCUGGAGCCCCGGCUGGGCGACAGGGCGCGCCAGAGCGUGCUGGAGCUCGUGGACACGCCCGUGGUCACCGCGGGGGACGUAGCGCACCCGCAGCCUUCCAUCCAGCGCGGGAACAUGAAGCUGUGGCUGCUUGCGAGGGCUACGUUGACAGACGAGUCGCUGGCCAGGGCCCACAACCCUCAAACUCUGCUGAACUUGAAGAAGAUGCUCAAGUUCAGGGAUGCCGGGGAUGUCGCGAGGGACCUGCUGGUCGUGAGAUCGCUGCUGAGAGAGGAUAUGGGGCUCGAGCCAGUCGACAAAGAGCAGGACCACGCUGCGGUGACCACACUGAUCCAGGCAGCACAGGCAGCUACACCAGUGUCCAAGAAGAAGGUCAGAAACGACUACAAGUUCGAGACCGCGAGACCCAACGGCCCCCAGUAG